AUGACAGAUGCAAAGUAUGCACCUGCACCCGCAGAACCACCGCCGAGCUAUGAGACUGCCGCGCAGCCACCUCCACCUUUACGGCUCCCUCUCCCCCUAGAUCUCCCUUUGAUCAAUACCCUUCGUGACAGAAGGGUAAUUCUUGCCUCUGCUUCUCCACGGCGGAAGCAGCUGCUGGCACAGAUCGGUCUCACCAAGCUCGAAAUCAAACCCUCCACUUUACCCGAAAACCUCCCAAAAUCACUCCCCCCUUUCGAAUAUGUUCUCCAGACCGCCACCCAAAAGGCCAUGCAUGUCUACUCGUCUGAAUUGGAUAACACCGAACUUGGGGAGCCAGCUGUCGUCCUCGCCGCAGAUACAAUCGUUGUUUCACUUUCAGGCCAAGUCCUCGAGAAGCCUCGGUCCGAAGCCGAUCACAUCGCCAUGCUCAAGAUGCUUAGAAACAGCGGCUACCAUAGAGUCUAUACCGCUGUAGUGGCCAUGGCGCCAUUGGCUAGUGCGCGACAUCCGGGAUACGCCUCGGAAAGCACGGUGGAGGAGACGACGGUAAGAUUCGGACGUGAUACUAGCGACGAAAUGCUGUUGGCCUAUGUGCGAACGAGAGAAGGAGCGGAUAAGGCAGGCGGUUACGCAAUACAGGGUGUUGGCGCCAUUCUGGUGGAGAGGAUCGAGGGGAGUUGGGACAAUGUUGUGGGCCUACCAUUAAGAGCAACGCUGGAAUUGAUCGAAAAGGUCUUGGGCCAAAGCGAAGAGGAAUUGGAUGACGAAUCUGCUGGGCCCGAGGAUUCGGAUGAGUGA